CUAUUUUCUGCUGUUAUCGACUGAAUAUCCUCUAGAUAACUUGGAUAACUUAUAUAACUUCUUGUAUAGCAUCUGGCAGGUGGGGCCGUUAUCAGUGCGGGGUUCAUUCAUCCUCCGCAUCGCAACCUCAUCUCUCUGUCCAUCUCUAUCCAAUGGCAAUGACGACUCUUAAUUUAUAUCUCAACAUCUAGUCAUUGCUAGCUGGUAACCAUCGCCGACUAUGACCCGGGCAGGGAGCUCGUGUCUCAACUGCCGCGCCAGAAAGGUUCGCUGCGAUCGGAUCUCGCCCCGGUGCUCCCAAUGCAGACAGAGAUCGCUGGAUUGUGUGGUCCCCGAGGCUCCUCCGCGCCUGCUCUGGCUCCCGUCCAGGACAGUGGAGGAUUUCGACUUGGAGCUGGACCAGUCUGAGGUUGAUAUGCAUGUGCGGCGGCAGCCUCUAUUCAAAAAAGGACAGCAAGCCCAGAAUGCCGCGGACUUGCUCUCCCUUAUUUCUAGUGCAUCAGUCAAUGCGGUCCUGGAACAGCUGGACUACCAGGCAGACGAGCUUCAGAAUGGCACAACUUCCAAUGGACCGUUCCAUGCUUUUCGCUCCGAACCUGCGGCAGAUCCAUGUCCUUCGUCAAUACCACCAGCAGAACUCCCUGAUCUUGAAUUAUGGCGCAUGCUCUCGAAUAAUCUCGGCGAUGCGCUGGAUGCGGAUGACUUCAUUACAGACCAUUGGUUGCCGAAUCUCUGUAUACCAGAGGGUAUACCUGACGAUAUACCAGAGGAUAUACCAGACGAGAUUGCACAAGAGCCAGAUACCCCCCAGGAAGCACGGUCAUACACAGACAAUGAACUUACAAUAACCCCCCCGGUAUCACCCCCGGCUGAUUUAGAAGGCUUUACAAUGUCCACCGCGAAACUGCUACUCGACCACUACCAGAAUAUAACAACAACGAUCUAUACCCCUGCAUCCGCCGACGUCAAGACCCCGUGGGAGAUCCUCUACAUUCCAAAUGUCCUUAGUACGCUUGGCGAAGUCGCUCUCACGGGGAACAGCAGUGACGCUAAAGUGUCACUCUUAUUUGCCGUACUGGCAAUUAGCGCCUUCAGUCUGGACAUCCUCUCCUCGCCAGAGGCAGUCUCUGAAGACUGGCGCGCGCUGGGGAAUAUGUACCGGCAGAAAGCUACAAGGCGACUCCAGAUGACGCUGCGGAAUCUGUCGACGGGACUUCCGAAGAAGGAGAAGUAUAAGAAUAUUCUCAUGCCGCUGCUGAGUAUGGUGACGAUAUGUACCGUCAGCGGAGACAUGGACAACGCAGCGCACUACCUAGGCGACAUCGAACAAAUCAUAAAGCUAUACGGACUCCCUAAACUCCAGAAAUCACGCAAAGUCAAAAUGCUCCACAGUAUCUAUGUCUACCUACGCGUCUUAACAGAAAGCACCUACAUCAGCCAAAUCCAGAGUACGUCGGGUAUAGACCGCGAGAGCUCCCGAGUAGAAACAGACACCGGCAGCCCUACCGGCCCUGACUCCAGCAAGCUCAGCACCUGGGAUAUCCUACUCGGCGAGAUGGUAUGCACAUUCGACACGUUGAACCUCGACUUCAUGCAAUGCCUUGCACCCCCAAAAUCCACCUUUGAACAGAUAUACUCAAUCCCAGACUCUCUGUUCAAGCUCAUCCUCGAAACAACACAGCUCGCCAGCACAGUCGAGGAGGAGAAACUUCGCCAUCGCCAUAAACACGCCGACCACGACAGCCUUGCCGAACGUGUAAAAGAACACGAAAACCGAGUCUGCGAAUGGGAGAACUACUACAACGAAACCACAUACCCGGGCGAUCCCAUCGGCACUCCACCCCUGAAAGAACGCUUCCCAUUCCAUCUAACACAGGCCAUUUACGCCGCGCUGGUAAUCUACUUCUACCGCUCCGUCCGGGACGUCAACGUCAUAGCCCUGCAGCCAUACGUGCAGCAGACGAUCUACCACCUCCGGGAAUAUGACAAGCAUAAGGAACGACAUAAAGACCGGUCCUCUGAUAUAUGCUGGCCCGCGUUCAUUGCAGGCUGUGAGGCAACAACGAGCCAGGCGAGACAGGAUAUUGCAGAGUGGCUGGAGAAGUCAACGCGGUCGAAUGGCAUACUGAUGUUCCGGGUGGCGCUGAAGGCGAUAAGGAGGGUUUGGGCGGCGAGGGCGGUUCCUGGGAAGCAGAAUUUGUCGUGGAGUAGUGUUUUGGGGGAGAGUGAUAUGCGGGUUUUGGUUCUUAGCUGAACUGCUGGAAGGGCUGUUUUCCUUGUAUUGAGGUUCAGAUAGAAUUAUAAAUUAUCAUGGAGAUAUCAGUUAGACACCAAAUAUGGGAGUGGGAGUACAUGGGAGGCAGGUAUAAUCGCUUCCGCUCUGCACCUGCCCCCCUUCAUCAUAUCCUUUAGGGAAGGGACGACCAUGGUCCAUUCUUGACCACAGUAGCUAGUAUAAUGUUGGAAAUACCUGGAUGGUCACCAGCCUUUCCUGACUCUUUGGUCUAGCGGUAUAGCGUCUCAUCUAAUAAUAACAAUGCCUCAGUGGCCAUGGC